AAUGCUUCGCUCUGUAUCAAGUAUCAAUCAAGUCCACUGACUUCUUUUCAAGGACUUUUCACCUUUCGCUCUUGAGAGCGGAUUGCGGUUUGCUCUCCUGAGCUCGAGCUCUGAGAACGAAAAUGGAGGCCAUGGACUGCAUCUACAGAAACCCUAGCGCACCAAUCGAAGCCAGAAUCAAAGAUCUUCUCUCCAGGAUGACACUGAGGGAAAAGAUCGGGCAGAUGACCCAAAUCGAGCGCACUGUGGCCACUCCCUCUGCCAUUACAGAUUUCUCUAUCGGGAGCAUUCUCAAUGCCGGCGGUAGCGCGCCCUUUCAUAACGCCUUGUCGUCGGAUUGGGCGGACAUGAUCGACGGGUUCCAGAAAUCGGCGCUACAGUCGCGUCUUGGAAUCCCGAUUAUAUAUGGCACUGAUGCUGUUCAUGGCAAUAAUAAUGUUUAUGGUGCUACCAUUUUUCCUCACAAUGUUGGGCUUGGAGCCACCAGAGAUGCUGAUUUGGUCAGAAGGAUUGGGACAGUAACAGCUCUUGAAGUUAGGGCGAGUGGUGUUCACUAUGCAUUUGCUCCUUGUGUUGCUGUAUCGAGAGAUCCCAGAUGGGGAAGGUGCUAUGAGAGUUACAGUGAAGAUACUGAUAUUGUUAGACAAUUGACUUCCAUAGUUGAAGGCUUGCAGGGGAAGCCACCCGAAGGAUAUCCAAACGGCUAUCCAUUUGUAACUGGAAGAAAUAAUGUCAUUGCAUGUGCAAAACAUUUUGUUGGAGAUGGGGGGACUGACAAAGGUGUCAAUGAAGGAAAUACCAUUUCAUCUUAUGAUGACUUGGAGAGGAUCCAUAUGGCUCCUUAUCUGGACUGUAUUGCUCAAGGAGUUUCCACUGUUAUGGCAUCUUAUUCUAGCUGGAAUGGACGUCCGCUGCAUGCUGACCGUUUUCUGCUGACAGAAGUUUUAAAAAAUAAGCUUGGAUUUAAGGGUUUUGUGAUUUCUGAUUGGGAAGGACUUGAUCGUCUUUCUAAACCAAAGGGCUCAAACUAUCGGUUUUGCAUUUCCUCCGCGGUUAAUGCUGGAAUAGACAUGGUGAUGGUGCCCCUUGGAUAUGAAAUAUUUAUCAACGACUUGCUAGUUUUGGUUGAAUCUGGGGAGGUUCCAAUGGCUAGAAUUGACGAUGCUGUGGAACGAAUAUUAAGAGUGAAGUUUGUUUCUGGCGUUUUUGAACAUCCUUUCAGUGAUAGAUCAUUGCUAGACCUCGUUGGUUGCAAGCUUCACCGAGAUGUAGCAAGAGAAGCUGUCCGCAAGUCAUUGGUUCUGUUGAAAAAUGGAAAAAAUCCAAUGAAACGCUUUCUUCCAUUAGACAGGAACGCCAAGAAGAUUCUUGUUACUGGUUCACAUGCUGAUGAUCUUGGAUUUCAGUGUGGAGGGUGGACAGCUUCUUGGGAUGGGAUGAGUGGCAGAAUCACCAUCGGAACCACCAUCUUAGAUGCAAUCAGAGAAGCAGUUGGAGACCAAACAGAAGUAAUAUAUGAACAAUAUCCAUCAGCAAACACUUUGAAUGAUCAAGAUAUAUCUUUUGCUAUUGUGGCUGUCGGUGAAAGUCCAUACGCCGAAUUCACCGGGGACGACUCAAAGCUCAUUAUACCCUUCGAUGGCAGUGGCAUCGUAAAAGCAGUUGCUAACAAAAUCCCCACACUGAUGAUUCUAGUAUCUGGAAGACCCUUAGUUUUGGAGCCAACAGUAAUGGAGAAAGUAGAAGCUCUCAUUGUUGCUUGGCUCCCUGGAAGCGAAGGAAGCGGAAUCACAGACAUUAUCUUUGGAGAUUAUGAUUUCACCGGUCGAUUACCCGUUACAUGGUAUAAAACAGUCAAGCAACUGCCAGUCCAUGCAGAAAAUAAUUUGCAGGAUUCGUUAUUUCCUUUCGGCUUCGGGUUAUCGUAUGGUAAAGAGAAAUCUCCUCAGUAAUUGAACAGACUUGGAUCCACAGAGCUGAUCAAUAAAUUGACUGCCCCUCCUUGAUAUAGGUAUGGUUUAUCCAAGUCUUUCCACUAUUAUUCCCAUUGUUGUACUGACAGUUUGUAUGCCUUGUCUUUGUGUUGUGCUGUUCCUUCACCAAAUCUGGCUCAGAUCCAUGUAGGAAUAAGGUAUGGAGUUUGUAUAAUAAAAAAUGAUAACAGGAGAUUAUCCAUAUUGCUGUGGCCUUGUUUGAUAAAUCAAUAUAUAAUUUAUAUUGGGGCAAA